CUUGCAGUUUGGAAUCAGUUCCUGCUCUGCAGCAGUCACUUGGGCAUUUUAUGCUCACCUCUCUUUAAUGGACAGGAACAAAAAAGCCUUGCAGCAUACCAGUGAACUAAACAGGAGCUGACCACAGGGGAGAAUCUGAUGCAAACAUAAAGACUGUUGGGACUCUGUGACAUAAAUCACCAAGUUGAAAAGCCAAAGAAGGUUUUCAGAGGAAUGCAAAAGGAACAGGAGUUUUAAAAGCGGGAAGUUGAAAGCGGAACUCCAUAAGAUGAAUUUCACCCAGCAUCGUGGGACACUCCAGCCUCUCCAUUUUUGGAACCACAGCUACAGACCGCACGGAGGUGCCAGCGAGCCAAAUGCAAAGGGCCACUCCUCGGGAGGCUGCUACGAGCAACUCUUUGUAUCCCCUGAAGUGUUUGUGACUCUGGGCAUCAUCAGCUUGCUGGAGAACGUCUUGGUCAUUGUGGCGAUAGCCAAGAACAAGAACCUCCAUUCACCCAUGUACUUCUUCAUCUGUAGCUUGGCAGUGGCUGACAUGCUAGUGAGUGUAUCUAAUGGAUCAGAAACCAUUGUCAUCACGCUGCUAAACAACACAGACACAGAUGCACAGAGCUUUACCAUAAACAUUGACAAUGUCAUUGACUCAGUGAUUUGCAGUUCCCUGCUUGCAUCAAUUUGCAGUCUUCUCUCAAUAGCAGUGGACAGGUACUUUACUAUCUUUUAUGCCCUCCAGUACCAUAAUAUCAUGACAGUGAAACGUGUAGGUGUUAUCAUCACAUGCAUCUGGGCUGCUUGCACAGUCUCAGGCAUUUUGUUCAUCAUUUACUCUGACAGCAGCGUUGUCAUCAUCUGCCUUAUUAGCAUGUUCUUCACUAUGCUCAUUCUCAUGGCAUCCCUCUAUGUCCACAUGUUUAUGAUGGCUCGGAUGCAUAUAAAAAAGAUUGCUGUUCUUCCAGGGACUGGUCCUAUUCGCCAAGGGGCCAACAUGAAAGGGGCCAUCACUCUCACCAUCCUGAUUGGAGUUUUUGUUGUGUGCUGGGCUCCAUUUUUCCUGCACCUGAUUUUCUACAUCUCCUGCCCCUACAACCCUUACUGUGUAUGCUUCAUGUCCCACUUUAACUUCUACCUGAUCCUCAUCAUGUGCAAUUCCAUCAUUGAUCCACUAAUCUAUGCAUUCCGGAGUCAGGAGCUCAGGAAAACAUUCAAGGAGAUUAUAUGCUGCUGUAGCCUGAGAGGGCUUUGUGAUUUCCCUGGCAAAUAUUAAACCAAAUGGAUGUUACUGUGUACACAACAUGCAGCACAGAUUUCCAAGCCUUCAGAUCCUCUUUCUCAGCAGAAUUUGCUUUAAACCUUUAAGAGUGAGCACCUCUUUCUGUCUCCCCUCUCUCUCAUUCUUGUAUCCUAUUAGCAUGUAAUUAAUAUUUCUUAAAAAUGUUUGUGAUGUCUACAGUUUGUAAUUUAUUUAGCUGGAAAGAGAAGUAGCACUUCAUAGCAGUUU